AUGAAGAGCACAAACAGGAUGAAGACGGAGGCUUUGACGUUAAUGCAUUUAGACGGAAAAAGAAAAUACAUAGGUACAGGCAACAACAUUUACAGGAAAGUUGUUAUCAACCCAACCUCAGAAGACGACGUGCAAAAAUUUUGUAGAAAUUAUUUUAGAAUAUAUAAUUUCUCACUGUACAACUUUAUCAGAAGACUCAUAUCACUAGACGCGAUCAUCGUAUACUCGCUCUUCCUAACGGUCUAUGUAUUUUCCGAAAUUAGCCAAGGGAUAACGAAAAAGUAUAUUUUUAUAGAUACGGCCAUUUCUCUUUUUCUAAACAUUUCCAUUUUGGUAGUCACGGAAACGCUUUACGAACUGAAACAGCUGAAGGAUAUAAAGGAUGCAAAUUCGCAGUGCUACCUGAGGAUAGUGCCGAAGAUGUCUCACUUUGAGAAGGUCACCACCAAGGAAAUAAAAGUGGGGGACAUUAUUCGGGUGUUCCAAGGCGACGAAUUCCCAGCAGAUGCCGUCAUCCUUUACGUUAAGAACAAUUUAAAUGCUAUGGUCGAUUCAUUUAAGAUUGAUGGAUUGUUUAGGAAGAGCAUUAAGUACCCAGUGGAUAAGUACAAAAUCGACAGGGACUACCUAAAGAUGCUGUCAGAAAUUAACGGGUUCAUUAGAUGCGAAUUACCUAACAAGAAUAUAUUCUGUUUUCAGGGGAAUUUCAAGUUGGACAAACACCCGAGGUCGUUAAUGCUAAGCUAUGAGAACUUCGCUCUGCAAUCAUCCAUCCUGAAAGGAGCAGAAUACAUAGAUGCAGUGGUCAUAUACACCGGAGCUGACACAAAAAAAAACUUAAAUAUUCCUCAAAAAACAGAAGAGAACAGAACAUUCUGUAUAAAAAUGAACAACGUAGUGUACUACUUAAUUUUCAUGUAUUUCUUUUUUGUCCUCCUGAGUAUUAUAAUAAAGCUGACGUUUUAUCGCACAAGUGGGUCUCACCAGAGGUCGAAGGACACCUUCUUAACCGUUUUGGAGGACUUCAUUGGCCUAUACAUUUUGGUGCUGCCGAUUAUGAUUUACUCGGAGAAGAGCCUUAUAUAUAUCAUCCAGAGUUUGAAAAUAGAAAACGACCUGCGAAUGAAGGAAGGCCCACACGGUGAGAAACCCAAAGUUUUUAAUAAAAACAAGAAUGAUGCACUAGGGGCUGUGGAUCUGCUGGCUACAACUCGAAAUGGCAUUCUUGUGAAGAAAAAGGACUUGUUUGUGUCGUGCGCCGUGAACAACGUCGUCUAUGCCAAAUGCGACUUUGUCUAUUCGGGCGGGGAGAUUCGUUUGCCCACGUUGAACAUCCUGGACGGGGAAAGAAGGAACGUGGCCGAACUUCUAAACCUGGACGAAAGGAUUUUCAAAGACCCCGAGAACGUGCUCUUCCCCUCCAGAGACUUGGGGCUUUUCCUGAGAAUAUUCCAAAAUCGCAUCACUUCGAUUUACGACCCUUUCGCGGAUGAUUUGUCGAUGGUGUUGAGUGAGAGAUAUAGGAGUUACUUUAAGGAGGAGAUUUUGAACAAGAAUGUGAUGCUCACGCCGAUCAUAAAGGCUAAACUAAACGGGGGUUACAACCAAUUCUACGAGAACUUCAAGAACAGCUACAACUGCAAAGAGGUCAUAGAAGACGCGCAGAGAGGAGAGGACCAGGCCGACAAAAUAGAAGAGUUCGUUUUUGGAAUAUGCGCAUGCAACCGAGUCAUUAUCUACAACGAGAAGUGUCUAGACAUGGGAAUAAAGGAAUAUAAAAGUGAAAGUUACAAUGACGCAUAUGUGAAGUAUGAGAAAGAAAACAAACAUGAAAUUGAAAAUGAGAAAAAUUAUAAACAUGCAGAAAAAGGCGAUGAAGAAAAUUUCCACACAAUCGAAUAUGAAGAUAUAUGCCUCUACAACAUUGUAAAGAAUAUAGGCUAUCAUGUGUACUGCUACAAGAAUAGAUUAUUUUUUUAUAAUUUAAAAGACGAAUGCCAAGAAUAUCAUCUGAUCUGUUUUCACGAUUUCUUGAAGAGUAAUAAAUUCUCCAUGUGUAUUUUAAAACACACAAAGGAGUUAGACCAAAGUAUCCUCUACGUGCGUGGCUAUGACUUCAAUCUUCUUCCCUACUUAUCGCUAGCCAAGAAUGACAUAAGAAAAAUAAAAAAAAUUAUAAAAAUGUACACUAUGAAUUAUUUGAAGGUUAUUCUCAUCUGCAAAAAGGUUCUUAAAAAUGAGGACAUUGGGAAAUAUCUCCUUCUGAAGAGCAUUCGGAAUAGCAACAAAAGUAGGUUGUCUUUCAAGCUGUACGAUUUAAUGAAAAUAUUUUUAUUAAACGAUUUAGAAGUAGUUGGGAUGAUUGGAUUGAAGAACGACUUGAAAGAAGGCGUAGAAGAAACUUUUCUCGAUUUGGCCAAAUUUGAUAUUCGCUCGUGGAUAUUUACCAAUGAGUAUUCCAAGGACACUUAUUUGACAGGACUACAGUGUAAUUUGAUUCCCUCCAAUUCGAACUUAUUUGUAAUUAACUUUUUUAACCCACACGGGGAAGAGGCGGACGAACGUGUUGACAGCAUGGACAACAUGGACAGCAUGGCCAAUGCCCUCUUCAACAAUUUUACCCUCUCCUUGGAUAAGCUGAACUCUACGUCUUACGCCAUCGCAAUAAACGACGCUAGCAUAAGGAAUAUAAUGAGCAAUGCGCACGCCAUGAAGAUGUUCCUUUGCAUAGCCAUGCGUGCUACGGUCGUUUUAUUCUGCAAGAUGGACAAUGAGACCAAGGGAAAAGUUAUAAGAAAAGUGCUCUCUCUAACCACUCCCAGGCUGACCAUCCUAGGGGUGGGGUCGACCCUAAAUGACGCCUAUCUGCUGAAGAAUACCACAAUCAGUGUGUGUCUAAGUUUGAACGAGCAGGUCAAUGUGCUAUAUAGCAUAUCGGAUUAUGUACUUCACGAGUUUAGGUACAUUAUCGACCUGCUUAUACUGGGACGGCUGAACAAAUUUUCCCUGAGCCGGUCCUUCCUCUGGAUAAUAUACCUGAAAAUCACGAUCGUCUCGCUCUACUUUUUCCACAACUUUGAUAACUUCUUCUCCGGGUCCUCCACCUCGUCCAUCUUGUACACCCAGACGACCUUCGCCAUUUUUCAUUAUUUGCUCAUUAUAGCAUUUUCGGCAUACGAAAUAGAUUUGCCCUACAAAUUUAUCAGGAGCGUCCCCUACAUCUAUCAGCUUGCCAGAAGGAAGUACUUCCUAAACAACACGAUAAUAAUUUUAACCAUCCUGGAAGCCAUGCUCAUUUCGAUGAUCUCGUACUACAUCCUGAGGGUGCACGUGUUCCCCCUGAUAACACAUCGAGCAUUCACCUUCCACAUAUUCAUCCUGAAUUUUUUUAUAACGUCGGAGAAGAUCUUGCUGCUCUCCAGGACAUGGCACUUGUACUUCUUCAUCCUGGCAGUUCUUAUCAUCUGCUUCCUAUUUCUAUACGUAAAUGUGUACACCUUAAUUGACUGCUUUAAAAUAGGGAAGUGUGAAUUGAGUCUGUUCCAAACGGAGGACGCAUACUUUUGGCUGUCUCUUCUUCCGAUUCUUUAUAUAAACUUUUUUAUUGACAAGGCUGCGAAGUUUAUCAACAACAGAAUUUCCCCUGACAUAACAGAGUACUUCCGGGAGAAGAUACUGAAGAAAGGCCAGAAAGGGUCCUCAAAGAAGAACACAACAGAGGGUAACCUAAGUGCUAAUCUGAAGGAUAGGGCGAAUGGUGCACUCGACCUGGAAAGGAAUGCAACGUUGACAAAAUUCAUCCCGACGCCGAAGCAGUACAGCAUAAGAGAAAAGAACAAGUACUACAACAGGACGAAGAAGACGAAAUUUAUCUAUGAGACCUUCAGAAGAGUUAUAGGCCUAAAUAUAAAGUACCGAAAUCAGCAGUUAAACUUGGAAUAUAAGACAUACGAAAAGAGAACUAAGUUAAAAUUGAGGACGAUAGGAAUUGUGUUAUUUGUCAUUUUUUUUAUAAUAUUUUCUGUGCAAGCGAUUGUUUCAAAGUGUACGAAGGAAAUAACCAAUUCGCUUAACUCUUUGACGUAUUUUUUAAUCUUGUAUUACUUCCUCGCGACGGUGUGGAUGAUUUAUAUAAGGUUACGGAACAGGUCUAACUCGACUCUCUUCUUUUUUAUUGGCAAGAUGGUACUCAUAUUUGGAUUCAUCCUCGAGCUGUAUGACAAUGUAAGCAAUGACAUGAUCAAUAUGUUGAUAGGCUACUCCUUUACCGUUUCGUACAUCUUUUUUCUUUCCUUCAAAAUAUUAGAAGAGAUAAUAAUAUGCACUCUCUUGUUGGUAUUCACUUCCUGGGUGUACUACAGGAAGAACAAAAUGUUGAGUUCUAUGUGUACGAAGUUUUGUGAAAAUCCGUAUCUGAGUUUACACCACUUGGAGGAGGUUAACAUCUCAUGUCUGUGCAAACAACAGGUAGUGACCUUCCUCAUUUGCAUACUAAGCUUCACCUUCAUCUGCCUCUCGAUGAAAUAUUACGAAAUUUACUAUCUAAAGAAGAAGUUUCUAUUCAGAUAUAAACAGAAGGUUAAUUUAACCAAGCAGAUUGAAAUACUACACACCAUGCUGCCGAGCUUUCUGGUGGAGUACCUACUCAUAAGUGACCCCAAGGCAGAUGGGAUAAUGGUAGGGAAGAAUAUUUCUGGAGAGGAUAGAGGAAUAAUAUCCGUAAUUUUCUGCGACAUUGAUGAUUUUCAGAGUAUGGUUUCCACACUUGAGCCACAUGCCCUUGUAGAGACGCUAGACAAUUUAUACCUAUAUUUUGACAAGUGCAUAAAGUAUUUUAACUGCAUCAAGAUCGAGACUGUUUUUGAAUCUUACCUGGCGGCCUCGGGACUGAGUGAGAAGCAGAAUGAUUGUGUACACAAAAUUAAGUAUGACACCAGGUGCGCCAUCAAGCUCGCCAUCGCGCAGCUCAGCGCCAAGUAUUACAUCUCGUAUAAGGUGCUGGAUGGGGGGAGGAACAACGUGGGGAAUGCCAAUCUGGGGCAUAGCAGCAGUUAUACGUUGCCAAUGCAUAGCGGUGAUGAUUCUCAGUACGACAAGUAUACCCACAAGAAUAUUAGUUUACGCAUCGGCAUACACACGGGAAAGGCCAUCAGCGGCGUCAUCGGGUCGGUUAAGCCACAGUACUCACUCUUCGGAGACACAGUCAACACGGCGUCGAGAAUGAAAUCCACGGCACUUACGGAUCAUAUCCAUGUCUCCUACGAUACGUAUAAAUAUCUAGAGGACGACACGUCACUGGUGUGGAAGAAGCGCAAGGUGUUUAUCAAGGGGAAGGGGGAAAUGAGAACCUACCUGUUGGUCGACAUUUUGGACGAUGUGAAGAAAGUGGAGGAGCCCUCGGACGAGGGCUUCUCAAGCUCCACACUGGUUGGGGGAAGGGCGCACGAGGUGAUGGAAGGUGGAGACAUAGAUAACCGCAUGGUGGAAGGUGGUCACAUGGAGAAGCUCCUGGUAGAGAGUGGACACAUAGAUAACCGCGUGGUAGAAAGAGAUCACAUUGAUAACCGCGUGCUGGAAGGGGGACACAUGGAGGAUGCAACGAAAAAGUCGCACCCGAAAAAAAAGACGCAGAAGGAACGGCGGCGCAGAGAAAAUCCACACCAAAUUAAUGCCCAAAGUACAGUAAUUGAAAAGAUGCUGGACAUCUACGAGAGGGGUAGUGAUUCUUGUAGGAAGGACAACUGGUACUAUUAUAACAAAGCAGACAACGCGAGUGACAGUAUGAUAAGUAAUAACUUCCCUUCCUACUCUAGAGCGUUUAAUGAUACCAAGUCCAAAUAUCUUAGUUUGGAUAAGGUAAAAUUAGCAGACAGUGUGCGAAGAAAAAAGCUAUACGACUUUGAAUCGCCAGUAAGUUUAAGAAAGGAAAUUAUUGGGGGGAGAGACGAGUCGGAUGAAUUUUUUACAUCCCCUUAUGUAGAAGACGAGCACCAGGUGGAGCGUAUCAAAAAGGUGAGAAGGAGUAACGCCUGUGUGAAAAAAGAUUCCUCCGAUUUUAUGCACCAAUUUGAUACACCAGAUGGGGCCAUAAAAAACUACAUAAAGGAGAGAAGGAACUAUCAAAGGAAAUUUUACGCGCCCCAUUUUUAUCUUGGAGACAUACUUAAAACUUCUAGUAAGUUUAAAAAGGGGGAGAAGAAGAGAAGGGGAAAGAAGCAGGAACAGGCGCGUAGACGGCAAGCCACACACGAAGAGGGAGUCUCCUACAAUUUUGUCAAUGGAAGCUUCUCAUCCAACUGGGAAUACUCCACAGAAUCGGAGUUCUACUUGUAUGAUGAGAAAUUAAGGCAGAAUAAAGGCUACAUAAAUUUUGACGACCUGUUUACCAAAAUAUACAGGAAGAAGAGGAACAUCCUCCAAGGGGAUAUUCAACACAUUCCGAGGCAGGGAUUCCUCUUCCCAAAAAGUAAAGCAACAAAAGGAGGAAGAGAAAGAAGAAGAAGAAAAAAAAAAUUGUUCCCAAAGGAGGAAUCCCCAUGCGAUGAUGAACAAAAUGGCGGAUCAAAAAGUGGGACACGUAAACAAUUUUUUCGUCACUGGAAGCACGAAGCAGAAAGGAAGGAGGAAGACAUACCUACCAAGAUCUGCAAUGACCCUUCUUGUGAAGACGUGCGGAAUGGCUUCCCUCAUUCGAGGGCCAAGACCAAGGGGGAGCAGGAGAACCUGGGAAAGAGUUAUACUCGUAAUUCCCCCCUGCCGAGACGAUCCAGCAGCUGUUUGUUCACAAAGCGGGAUGAUGAUGACGCCUUUCGUGAGGCAGACAAAUGGAAGGGCGUAAAAAAUGUGAAAAGGGAAAACUUGGAACGAAUGGCCCCAAUGAGCGAUGGCGAACAGGUCCAACAAGAGAAAGACAGAACGCGAUGGCAGAAAAGACACAGGAGAAGAAGUGCUGCGUCCAGUGGUGGGGACGUUACGCAAAAUAGACAGGUCCAUAAAAGAAGGAGGAAUAGAUUCUUAAGGGAGGGAGUACUGCUCGGCGCCGCCAUGGGGAGCAACCUACCCCCACUCGAGAAGGAAAAACACACAAAAAGGAAAAAAAAAAAAAAAAAAUCGAGCAACAAUGGAACGCGGGUGAAGCAUCAUGGGGAUCAGGAGAGCCACCCAACGAAGUUCUCUGAAAACGAUUUGCUCAAAAAGAAAGAGGUAAAUUUUGACAGGGGGGAGCAGCCAGGCUGUGUAGAAUCCUCCGCUGUUGAGAUCGGAUAUGGGGGCGGAGACAAUGCACAUAAGGGGGCCCCCCCGACAGGGCCAAACCUCAGUGAGGAGAGUGCAAAAGUUGAAAAAUCAAAACUGCAGAAGAAAAAAAUGGUACAGAAAAAAAUAAGCUUUUACAGCUUGAAGGAUGAAAGGAGCCUAAGCUCGGGGGGCUUCGGGGGAGAGAGCUCCUGCGCUUUGAAGUCGAACGAGACGAACAGCGGUCCGAACGGGGGACCGAAUAGUUGCGCAAAGAAAGAGUAUUUCUUCACCUACAGCCCCGCGGUUAAAAAGAAGAGAGGUGUCUUAACAAAGAUGAAUCAGGCGUUUAGAAGGUACUUUAAGAGCAUGGGCAUGAGCAAUCGGGGGAGUCCGCCUCUUCUGUCACAUUCGCCUCGUUAUGAUCCCUCCCAGGAGUCGACUAGAGGAGAGGCGUCCCUGCCCAGAAGGGGGCCGCAGCAGAGCGAAGAACUGAUCAAAACAAGCACAAGUGUGAGCAACAAAAACGCAAACUUUGCCCACAAGUUCGAUAACUAUAACAAAAAGAAGCUUCUAAAAAAGCUGACAUCGACACUUCAAGUGGGGGAGAAAAAAGUGAGCAAUUUCAACAGGUUCUACUACAAAUUCAACGAUGAAGAGCUGGAGGAAGAAUACACACAACAGUACUACAGAGAGAUAAUUAACAUUGACUUGACGAAGAAGCUAAUAAUAAUAUUUAUCAUAUCAGAAAUGAUCCUAAGCUUGUGUAACGUGAUAGAACUAUCCUACUAUGAGCACAAGCUGAAGGGAAACGAUUUUAUUGUAAUAAUUUGGCUAAUAAGGUGUAUUUACUUAUUCAUAAUAACAUUCAUAUGGUUGUUACUAAAGGUGAAGCUGAAGGAAUACAAAAAGAAUUCUAGCAAGAUGAUGUGGACAGUCUUCAUUUUAAACAUUUUCCUCUCUUCAUGGUGCAUUAUCAUUAUGGACCUGUCCUGUAUCCAUUAUAGUAAUCUUGUUGGAAAUUCCAGCGACAGAUCUUUAUUUUUCAUGAAAGAUGCAACUGAACUGAUCAUUUGCAUGCAGCUGAUAUUUAUUAAGAAUAUGUUGUUUAAACAUAAGUUUUUUUUUUUUGUGUUUUUUUUCGUUUUCCUGCUUUACUCCUUUUCAAAAUUAUUUAAAAUACAUUUAUGUGAAAUAAGAAUAUGCUCCAGCAUCCUUCUGAUUCUUUUUACCAACAUUUUAUAUUUCUGGUACAGUGAAUAUUUAGACAGGACCCAAUUCUUAGUUAAGAGGAGAAGGAACCGGAUGGAGAAAACCUCACAUGACUUUCUAACUAGGAUAUUACCCAGACAAGUUUUGGAAGAAUACCAAAAUGAUAACUUACAGUUAACUUAUAGUCAUGAAAAAAUCGCUUUUCUAUUUGCCGAUAUUGUAGGAUUCACAAGGUGGAGCAAAACGGUUCCUCCUAAGGAUGUCCUAAAAUUAUUACAGAAAUUGAUAUCUAAGAUAGACAAGGAUACUAUCAAGUUAGGACUGUACAAACUUUUCACCAUUGGGGAUGCCUACGUCGCCACUAGCCAACCGAACUCCUCCAUCACAGAUGAGAGAGAAGCCGUCGAGGGAAUACUAAACAUUUUUAAACUAGCUAAACUGAUUCUACAUAACAUCAACACGAUUAAGAUUCAGUUUAACAAGCAUGAUUUUAAUAUGAGAAUCGGUUUACACUACGGAUCCUGCGUGGGGGGUAUAAUCGGGUCGGUCCGAAUCAGAUACGACAUGUGGGGCCUGGAUGUUCUCAUAGCUAACAAGAUCGAGUCUAACGGAAUUCCUGGCGAAAUCAUCUGCUCGGAGCAGUUCAAGAGCUUCUUCCUGGACCACGAGCCGCAGGCGAAGCUCAACUUCUGGUACUACAAAACAAUCUACAUAAGUGACAAAGACGUGAAGCUUUACGUCAUAGAGGACAAGAACUAUGAGGAGGACUAUGACCCUAAGACGACCGACUAUGAAACGCUGUUAAAACUGCGGGAGAGAAAGGCAAAAAAUGGGACAACAAACUGCAUGGAUAAAUGA